UGUGUCUCAUUUGCAUUUUCUAGAAGCGUCGUGACUCAAAACUCGUGACUCGCUGAAGAUUCAUUUGGACGCUGAGAAUGAUUCUCAAGAUUCAACCAGAAUGAUAUGUGAAUCGCACAUCACUCGCCUGAUCAGUCGGAGGAUACCCUUUCGAUUAGACCAAGCAAAACACUCAUGUAGACAACUAAAAUAAUCGCGCUGAUUGGAUUUACAUUUUGCUGACCGACCAAUGUUAAUGUAUGACAUAGAAACAGUCAAUAUUCCUGCUGCUGUACCGGUGGAUCGCCACUUAUGGGCCGGUGAUGCUCUUGAUAUUGAAUGGCAAAGAGGAACCGCUACUUCAGUCUCUUUUUCUGGUCCUCAACCAGAUGCAACGUUAUGUGAGCAGCAGUACUAGCUAGCUAACCAAAAUGAUUUUGCUUCGUUCCUAAGCAGGUGACCCUCAGCGACUGACCGAUGUGUGACAACACAGAUACCCGGCUUCUUCUCCCACUGGAGAUCUGAGACAGGGUGACAGAGAGAGGCAGUUGAGGGGGGAUUCUGAGGAAGAUGCUGGGCUCAGAGCGUGGCGUGGUCGAGGAAUGGCUCUCAGAAUUCAAGACCCUACCUGAAGCCCAGAUCCCCAGCUAUGCAGGCAGCCUUCACCUGAAGAAGAGCCUGGUGCCAGCCAUCUACAGGGUCAUCCAGGACCCCAACAACGAGCUCCUGGAGCCUGUGUGUCACCAGUUGUUCGAGCUGUACCGGAGCUCAGAGGAGCGCUUGCGUCGCUUCACCCUGCAGUUCCUGCCUGAGCUGGUCUGGGUGUACCUGCGCCUCACUUCCAGCAGGGAGCGCCAGAGCAACGGUUGCGUCGAAGCCCUACUGCUGGGCAUCUACAACCUGGAGAUAGUGGAUAAAGAGGGCAACAGUAAGCUGCUGUCCUUCACCAUUCCAUCUCUGUCCAAGCCUUCAGUAUACCAUGAGCCCUCCAGCCUGGGCUCUAUGGCGUUGACGGAAGGAGCUCUGAGUCACCAUGACCUCAUCAAGGUGGUCUACAGUGGGCUCCACCCCCAGAGAGAGACCUUCACUGCCCAGAACAGGUUCGAGGUGCUCUGCUUCCUCAUGCUGUGCUACAACUCUGCUGUGGUCUACAUGCCCCUCUCCUCCUACCAGUCUGUCUGCAGAAUGAGCUCACGGUUGUGUGUGUGUGGGUUUCCACGGCAGCAGCAGAAGCUAUGGAGAGAGCCGUGUAACCGUGUGCUGCUGGACCCUGACUUCAUGGUUCAGAUGCUGACGGCCAUCUACCAUGCCAUAUACAACGGGGAGUGGGAGAUGGGCAGGGAAUCUCUGGAGGACAUCCUGUACAGAGCCCAGCUGGAGCUGUACUCACAGCCUCUCCUGCUGGGGAACGCCAUGAAGAGCUCCCUGCCAGAGAGCGCCCCAGACGAGCCACGCGGCCGCAAGCUCCUCCAGGUGGAGGUCACGCCCACCAUAAGCAGGAUCUCCAUGUCUGCCAUCACCACCGCCUCCAUUCGGCGGCACCGCUGGAAGAGAGAGGAUUGUUUUGACUACUCAAACGAAGCAGAGCUCAGCAUCAUCGUCAAUCCUAGCCACCGCCACAGCCACAUCCCCUGGGACCCGGCAGCCAAUCCGGAGAAAGGAGGGCGGGCCCGCAGCAUCCUUCCCGUCACACUGGAGGGUGUAGAUGCGGACGGACUGAGCGGAGGGGAGGAGUCCUUCAACGUGAACGACCCAGACGAGGGCUUCUCCUCGGGGGCAUCCAACAGCAGCCAGCCCAGCGGCUCCAAGGCCGGGGGUGGAGCCAGCGUGGGGCCUCGCGGCGGCAGUCAGAAGGGUGGCAGCAGCAUCAAGAAGGCUGUCACCGCACGCAUGAGUCGGGACAAAGACCGCGAGAAGGAGAGAGAGAGGGAGCGAGAGAAGGAAAGGGAGCGAGAGAAGGAAAGGGAGAGAGAGAGGGAGAAAGAGUGGGAGGCAGAGAGGGAGGCGGAAAAACAGCGUCAGCUCUCCUCCCCUGGGCCCCAGGCGGUGCUGCUCAGACACAACCGCCGCCAGCAGUCUCCACCCCUCAGCAUCGCCCUGGACGCUAUCCAGCUGAGCCCCAUCAAGAAACACCUGAGCUUCCCUGCCGGCACAGCCCUGGUCCGAACCGCCAGCACUUCCUCCUCCAGGUCCUUCGACUGCACCACCCUCAACCUGAACGGCAGCAGCGCCAGCAGUCUUGGGGCCUCGGGGGGGCCUGAGGGGGCCCUGGGAGGGGCCCUGGCGAUGCUGAGAGGAGGUGGAGGGAGGGGGCUGGGGUCCGGAGGAGGAAGAGGGAAGGGAGCGGGCUCCAGGGGAGGAGCCCAUCGUUACUCCACCAUCAGCCUGCAGGAGGAGCACCUGGUGAGGCCUGAAGAGAGCCAGGAGCUGCUGUCUCCUGGAGAGCCCCUCACCAAGCAGUCCCGCUCGCCCAGUUUCAACAUGCAGAUCAUAUCACAGGUGUAGCAUGGGGAGGGGACUCAGGCACGUGCAUGUGGACCAAACACAUAUAUACUGUACAUACCUACAAACACACACACACACACACACACACACACUGGUUGCCCUCCAGCCUCCCUACCCCCACCUUUCAUCUCUCUACCUGUUUGUGUGACCAGGGGACUGGAUGCUCCUCUGAAAAACAAGGAUUUCUACCAGAGAAGUGUGUGCUUGUCUGUGUGUUUGUGUGUGUUUACAGAAAUCAAAGCUUGUUUGUUUGUUGUUCAAAGGGGGGUUGUGUUCUCGGUCCCCACUCCCCCUUCUCAGUGGAAUCAAGUCUUCAGAGAGCAGUGAAGGGUUCUAGAGAGCACAGCAGGGUGGGUUUCUAAAGCGAGAGCUCUCCCCUGGUCUUUCACAGCCUCGGUCCGUGUCUGACCAUCCUGAUCAUUCCACCUGUGAAGACCCUCCAGACACUGCUCCAACAGGAACACUAGACAUCGCUUGCUGGGACUGGGACAUUCAGAGGUCUAUGACUGAAACACAGAGUCUAUUUUGUACUGAAUCAGCAAUAAGAGCAGUGAGACUGAUGGAGGGGGGUGAGUUUUGCUGUCUCUCAUACCUGUCACCUCCAGGGCUCACGUGCAAUCUGUACCAACUAUCUCCUUCUCGUUCGGUCUCUUUAUUUAGCGUUCAUACGUAUUUUUUAUGAUUAUCUACUGAGUCUAUGGUUGGAUGAAAAAUCUCAACCCCAAAGACUAGCUGAGAUUGUUUUCUUUCGUGAAUUGCGACAAUUAUGGUUUUAUUGAAAAAUAAUCAAGUGGUUCGCUCGAUUUUCAUCUUUUUUUAGUUCUCAAGCCUUUUUUAUUUUUGACUGAUUUAUACAGUGAAUACCCAGCUGGAAGUUUUGUGAUUAAGUUAACAAUUGUUUGUAAUUAUUGAAUUAUCUUGAUACUGUUGUCAAAUCAACAACUGGAAUUAUGCGAUCAGUUGCUGGGUAGAUGUCUACUGUGGCAUAUAUGAGGGUGUCUCCUCUGUGAAGCACAGGAAGUCAGGAACAGGAAGUCGGACCUCCAGGGACUUCCUGUCUCCUGCCCCCACGCUGUGUCCUGGCUGCCGUUAGGAUGACUGUAUGGACCUCUGUUAACAGAAUUACAAAGAUGUGUCUGUGAGAUGAGCAAGGCUUAUUGUUAUAUGGUGUAUUUAACCUGGUCAUCUAGUGUGUAGAGGCUGUAGCUGUAGCUGUCUUGUGGUUGUGAACUGUACUUUCCUCAUGGCUUUUCACCACUGGCCCCUGGAGGCUCCAAGGGGUCACUGCAACGUCAGCUGUCACCAAGAUGGUCAUCCAGUUGUGUGUGAUGUGAUGUUUCACAAACAUUUGUUUUCUACCUCAUCGUGUGUUCACCUGCCACUCAAACAGCUAUCUCCCAGUAACAUCCUGUAAGGGAUGGGGUUUAAUCCACCAUCACUUGGAGGACUAGAGCAAGGACCAAUAGCAUUUAUUUCUCUCUCUCACACACACACUAUCUGUCUACACAGCACUGUACCAUUGUGUAUGAAGUGCGGGUUCAAAGGACUGUUGGUCCAUCUCAUGGCUCUUGUUCUUGUUGGAGCUGUCAGCCUUCUGACAGGCUAUUCUGGGCUGUUGUCUCUGAUACCCUGGGUCAUGCACGUCAUUCAGCCUAAUUGGAAUGACCUUACUUACUACAGCGCUCUGCUUCUCAUUUUGUUGCUUGUUUCGUUAUGUAAGUGAAAUUCAAUGACAGUUUCUUUGUCUUUUUUUUUUGCAAGUGCAAUUUCCCUUGUGCAUGGAGCAAAAUUAUUAGGUUUUCUAUGUAGCGAAUGCCUCGGUGUGAGAAGAGCCGCCGCCUCUGGCUGAGUGAAGCAACUGUCUUGUCUGCCUGGUUCUGCAUGCUAGGACCCCCCCCCCCCCCUCCCUCCCGCUGGGAGAGCCUGGGAGACAAACCCAGUGUCUGUUCUAGGCACGUCUUUGCCAAAAGUGCCAAGAAUGCGCAUUCUCCUUCUAGGAAACACUGUUUAUCUGGCUUGUGUCUUAAGUUUUUUUGGCCUGUUUAAUUUUAUUUUGGGGAUACUAUUUUGGGGCAUUCUGAAAUUAAAGAUUUUUUUUUACCCCAGCAUAGUGCUCUCAUUGUCACAAUCAAACUCACCUGAUCUCUAUAUGAGCCAUCUGGUGUAUGUGUGUGUUUGAGAUGUCUAAAAAUGUUAUUCUAUAUCCAAGCUUAUGUGGUUAUAACUGUACUGUAUAAUGUGGAUGACUGACUGUUUAGUGUCAAUAAGUAUGUUAGACUGUGGACACACACACACCCAAUUGGAACAUUCCUCCUGCUGCUGCUGUUGUUAGAUUUUGGAUGGAGCCUGUGUGCCUAGUCUUAUUGGGGUUGUAAAACUAUGUUUUGUGGUUUGUGUUGAAUCAUUUUGUAUGUCCUCGUCUGUGUGGGAGCUCAUCCUGCUCCUUCACUUACUGCUGUAGUCAACACACCCGGGUCUCUGCCAUGUCGCUCUCUCUGUGGAUCUCCACCUCAUGUAGAGAGCUGUCACCAUCUGCUGGAAUUUGCUGUUUUGAGUGGCGCCCUCGCUGUUCAAACUGGUCAAGUGUCUGUGUCAUUAAUAUGAGUGCCCCCGGACCGUACCAAGUGGCCCAAGAGUUGGUGGUGCAUUGGCUCAGUCCAAGUGUACGGGGGAGUAUCCCUCAGUGUCUUGUGUAACAUUGCAUGUGAAAGUGUGGGCUUUGUCCUCAUACAUUAUGAAGCACUUUACCCCCAUCCUCAUACACUUCUUUCUGUCAAAAUGAUAAAUAUAUGUGCAAAUGUGUAUACACUCAAAUGCAGGGUCUUGGUCUGUUAGAAGUAGUACUUCUGAGCGAUGUCACAUCCAACAAAUUAUUUUAUUUUUAUGAAAGCCUAAGGGUACAGCUAUUUAUCACUUUCUUUUCCAAACCAAAAAAAAAAUAAGAAUAAAGAUUAGAAGCUAGACAUGAAGAUAGAUUGGUCUAAAGGUCUCAGGAGUUUUAAGCUGGUCAGCGCCGCAAGUCAAAUCUGACAUCACCAAAUUCCUGAGGUCAGAGUUGAUUCUAUGCAACAUUUUAUCUCUUUUUUUUUCCAUUUUGUAUGGCUAUUAACCUCUCGGGUUAAAGACCAGGAUUAUUCUAGAUGAGAGUUUCAGCCUUGUUUAGAGUGGCAGGGUCCCCAGUGCCCUAGUAAAGACAGAUGGUACACGCUAGUAGCAACAGUACCUAGAUCUGACUCUUCCAGACCUGACUGAAAACAAGAUGGCUGUCCCUGUUGUGUUCAAGUCAUCUCCACUGGGAGGGUGUUACCCUAGUGUCCGUGACUCAGAGAGACUGGCGCCCAGCUGUUCAGUAACUGGGGAGAGAGUCUGUGUAGAAACGAUACAGACAAAUUAUGAAUCCAAUCUAGAACUAAAGAUGUGAAAACACUGUAAAUGGAAAGAGGACUUAUUUUAAAUCCUGUAAAUACAACCUGUACAAAAGAGUGAUAAGACAAUAUAAAAAUGACAACCUGUCUGGUGUAGAGAAUUUAAUCUGUAUAUUGUUGAAUAAAUAUUGUGUCGUAA